AUGGCGCGGCCACGAGGCCUGGGCCGCAUCCCCGAACUGCAGCUGGCGGCCUUCCCGGCGGUGGCGGCUGCAGAGGACGAGGCGUUCCUGCCUGAACCACCGCUCCCGCGCGCACCCCGCCGCCCACGGUCGCCACCCUCCUCGCCGGUCUUCUUCGCCAUCCCGUCCCCAACUUUCCGCAGGCGUCUUCGGCUUCUCCGCAGCUUCCAGGAUUUUGGCCGCCAGGCGUGGGCUGGGAGGCACCGUGAUGUUACCGGGUGCAUCGGGCACGGAGGGCAAAUGGACUUUCUCUUCCUGGCCAGACCCGGGGCCCGGAGGGAUGGGGGGCAGGCGGGAAGUGUGCUCAGAGUUCCGCAGGAGGAGGCCCGUGCAGAGCCCUCCCUGGUGCUGGGGACACGGAGACGCCUGAACGCCCAGGGCCGUCCCUGGGGGGGUCACCGGGAGGGCGGGUGUGGAGGCGGCGCCGGCGGUGGCCACAGACACCUCGGGCCUGAGAGCAGUGCUCGCCACACCACCGUGCCGCUGUCCCCAUGCUCGCCCCGACAGCGCUUGGCACCCAUGCGCUCUGGGACAGCACCCCGGGCAAGGCCCCGGCCCCCUGACCUGACACUGCCCCCCGCGGGCCUUGAGUCCCUGGUCCACUUCUCCUUCAGCGACGAGGACACCCGUUGGCACCCUCCAGGCAGAUCUGUCAGCUUCGAGGCAGAGAAUGGGCCCACGCCAUCUCCUGGCCGCAGCCCCCUGGACUCGCAGGCGAGCCCGGGCCUCGUGCUGCAUGCUGGGGCCGCUGCCAGCCAGCGCCGGGAGUCCUUCCUGUACCGUUCAGACAGCGACUACGACAUGUCCCCCAAAACUAUGUCCCGGAACUCGUCGGUCACCAGCGAGGCGCACGCUGAGGACCUCAUUGUGACACCUUUUGCCCAGGUGCUGGCCAGUCUCCGGAGUGUUCGCAGCAACUUCUCACUCCUGACCAAUGUGCCCAUUCCCAGCAACAAACGGUCCCCGUUGGGCGGCCCAACCCCUGUCUGCAAGGCCACGCUGUCAGAAGAGACAUGUCAGCAAUUGGCCCGGGAGACAUUGGAGGAGCUGGACUGGUGUCUAGAACAGCUGGAGACCAUGCAGACCUACCGCUCCGUGAGCGAGAUGGCUUCUCACAAGUUCAAGAGGAUGUUAAACCGUGAACUCACACACCUGUCAGAGAUGAGCAGGUCAGGAAACCAGGUCUCUGAGUACAUCUCUACCACAUUCCUGGACAAGCAGAAUGAAGUGGAGAUUCCAUCACCCACAAUGAAGGAUCGAGAAAAACAGCCAGCCCCACGGCAGAGACCCUCCCAGCAGCCCCCGCCCCCUGGGCCGCAAUUCCAGCCCAUGUCUCAGAUCACAGGGGUGAAGAAGCUGAUGCACAGCAGCAGCCUGAAUGAUUCCAGCAUCCCCCGCUUUGGGGUGAAGACUGACCAAGAGGAGCUCCUGGCCCAAGAACUGGAGAACCUGAACAAGUGGGGUCUGAACAUCUUUUGCGUGUCAGAAUACGCGGGAGGCCGUUCCCUCAGCUGCAUCAUGUACACGAUAUUUCAGGAGCGGGACCUGCUAAAGAAGUUCCGCAUCCCAGUGGACACCAUGGUGACUUAUAUGCUGACCCUGGAGGACCACUACCACCCCGAUGUGGCCUACCACAACAGCCUGCACGCGGCUGAUGUGCUGCAGUCCACGCAUGUGCUGUUGGCCACACCCGCGCUCGAUGCUGUGUUCACGGACCUGGAGAUUCUUGCCGCCCUCUUCGCGGCUGCCAUUCAUGACGUGGACCACCCGGGGGUCUCCAACCAGUUCCUCAUCAACACCAAUUCGGAGCUGGCGCUCAUGUACAACGACGAGUCGGUGCUGGAGAACCACCACCUGGCCGUGGGCUUCAAGCUGCUGCAGGAAGACAACUGCGACAUCUUCCAGAACCUCAGCAAGCGCCAGCGGCAGAGCCUGCGCAAGAUGGUCAUCGACAUGGUGCUGGCCACGGACAUGUCCAAACACAUGACCCUCCUGGCAGACCUGAAGACCAUGGUGGAGACCAAGAAAGUGACCAGCUCGGGGGUCCUCCUGCUGGACAACUACUCUGACCGCAUACAGGUCCUUCGGAACAUGGUGCACUGUGCAGACCUCAGCAACCCCACCAAACCACUGGGGCUGUACCGCCAAUGGACGGACCGCAUCAUGGCCGAGUUCUUCCAGCAGGGCGACCGGGAGCGGGAGCGGGGCAUGGAGAUCAGCCCCAUGUGCGACAAGCACACAGCCUCGGUGGAGAAGUCUCAGGUGGGUUUCAUCGACUAUAUUGUACACCCGCUGUGGGAGACGUGGGCCGACCUGGUCCACCCAGACGCCCAGGAGAUCCUGGACACGUUGGAGGACAACAGGGACUGGUACUACAGCGCCGUCCGGCAGAGCCCUUCCCCACCGCCCGAGGAGGGCCCCAGGGGGCCAGGCCACCCGCCCCCACCGGAUAAGUUCCAGUUUGAGCUGACGCUGGAGGAAGAAGAGGAGGAGGAGCUGUCUACCUCCCCAGGUGCAUUUGAAGUGCGGGACUUGUCCCUGGCUCAGGAUCCAUCCCCAGCUGAGGAACUAUGGGAGGCGGAUGGCCAGGCUGUGGCCACAGAGGUGAAGGUAAAGGAACCGCGCUUCGCACAGCAAGGCGACUCCGCAGAUAGUGUGGCUGCGGGCAAGGACGAAUCCGUGUCCCCAGAUGCAUCCGUGGAGGCUGGGGGCCGCAGCAGACCCCUGGCCCUGUCUGCUGAGAGUCCCCCUCUGCCUGCCUUGAGGACCCCGCCCCCUCCAGAGGAAGCCCCGGGCCUCCUGGGCCUCCCCUCCAUGGCGGCCGAGGUGGGGGCCCAAAAAGAGCAUCAGGCUGCCAAGAGGGCGUGCAGUGCCUGCACAGGAACAUCUGGCGAGGACCCCUCCCAACUCCUAGCUCCUGGUGGGUGGGGGUCAGCUGGAGGUCCUACCUGAGCCCCGGCCCCUCCACCCUGUUGCUCUCCCCGCCUCCCUCCACCACCAUCACCCCCCGACCACCUCCUCCACUGCCUCAAAGACUCUUGGGCCUCCUGAGAAAAAAGAAAACAGAAAAGUGGGUUUUUUUCUCUUUUCUUUUUUUCCUCUUUCCCCCCACCCCCACCCACGGGGCCUCUUUUUGGAGGUGGGGGCUGGGGAACAAGGGGCGGAGGUCCCAGAAGGGAUUUUAUUUUUGGAAUUUUAAUUGUUACAUUUUUAGAAAAAGAAAAAAAAAAAAAAAA